GUUGUUGUAGUUACAAAUAGGCUAGCUACAGGAAGACUUUUUAUGAUGGCUAGCUAGCUAACUGUGGUUCUUCGAAUACAUAAGUUUAUCCUAUGCUGAAGAGUUGGUAGACGGUGAGAGCUGGAAAUGCCCACCUUCAUAACCCCAGAUACCUGACUCAAAGCAGAUUUCGUCAGGAGGUACUUCCCCCUUCACUGUGGUGGAAAUGCCAACUGUGAUCCGGGAUAAAGAGGAUUCAGAGUCCUCAGAGGACGAGCAAGAGGACCAUCCUUGCAUUGCCUGGAGUGGCCUCAGCAGGAAGAUCCCAGUCCUGGUGUUCUUUGCUGAAGCCAUCGUCUCUAAAGAUGGAAACAUCCGUUCUGUUGGAGAACGGUAUAACCUGGCCUUCAAAAUUGUGCGCACGGAGAGCCGGCUGGUUCGUGGCUUACUGACCACUCAUGGAUUCCAUGAGAUCCAUCCAAACAGUAAUGACUUCAACCUCAUGUGGACGGGGUCUCACCUCAAGCCUUACCUCCUACGCAGCCUUCAAGACUUCCAGAAGGUCAACCACUUUCCCAGGUCAUAUGAACUGACGCGCAAAGAUCGGCUGUAUAAAAACAUCCAGCGGAUGCAGCAGUCUCACGGCUUUAAAAACUUCCACAUCGUCCCUCAGACCUUUGUGCUUCCCUCAGAGUACCAGGAGUUCUGUAGUUCUUUCGUCAAGGACCAGGGCCCCUGGAUCAUUAAGCCAGUAGCAUCUUCAAGAGGACGAGGGAUCUACCUGGUCAGCAAUCCUACCCAGAUUCCAAUGGAUGAGAACAUCUUAGUUUCUCGCUACAUCAAUAACCCAUUACUGAUUGACGACUUCAAGUUUGAUGUGCGGUUGUAUGUGCUGGUGACAUCAUAUGAUCCACUCACUAUCUAUCUCUAUGAGGAGGGCCUGGCCAGGUUUGCCACCGUGAAGUAUGACUGUGGCACAAAGAACAUCAAGAACCAGUUCAUGCAUCUCACCAACUACAGCGUGAACAAGAAGAGCAGCGACUAUGUCAGUUGUGAUGACCCUGAAGUGGAGGAUUAUGGGAACAAAUGGAGCAUGAGUGCAAUGCUGCGGUAUUUGAAGCAGGAGGGAAAAGACACCACAUUGCUGAUGAGUCAGGUGGAGGACCUGGUGAUUAAGGCUGUGUUGAGCGCUGAGCUGCAGAUAGCCACUGCCUGCAAGAUGUUUGUGCCCCACAGGAACAACUGCUUCGAACUGUAUGGCUUUGAUGUGCUCAUCGACUCCAACCUCAAACCAUGGCUCCUGGAGGUCAACCUUUCUCCCUCCCUGGCCUGUGAUGCUCCUCUGGAUCUGAAGAUAAAGGCCAGCAUGAUAUCAGACAUGUUUUCUAUUGUGGGCUUUGUUUGUCAGGACCCCCUGCUACGACAACCCCGCUCUGAACGGGUGGCUCUGGACCCGGGCCUGAAGUACCCAGCCCCCAAAGCACAGCGUCCUUUAUCUGCUCAGUCCACCAUUGCACCCUCCAAAGUGCGGCAGAGACCCCUGUCAGCCAACAACACUGACACAGACGGGCCUAAGGAGAAGCCAGGAAGUAAACAGGGGGACAGCACCCUGGGCCUGACUGCUGAGGAGUUGAAAGUCCUGAGGAGGAUAAGAGAGGAGCACGAGAGACGAGGGGGGUUCAUCCGAAUCUUCCCCACCCCAGAGACAUGGGAACUGUAUAGUGGUUAUCUGGAGUAUAAGACAUCGAUGAACUCCAUGUUGGCUAACAGACUUUUCCAGGGAAGAUUGGGGAAAGCGGUGGUGACCUCAAGAUCACGGAAGCUGAAUGGUAAUGUGCAGCUGCAGGUGGAUGUGUUCCACGCGUGUCACGUGAUCCAGUACGAGAGGAAGCUGUUGUCGCUGGAGGCGCGGAGGCGGAGGCUGCGCCACCUGGCAGAGCACUCCGCCAUGGGGAGGAAAAGAGCAGCGAGGGGUCGCAAGGCCUCCCCUACUGGGACCAGUGACGAGGAGGAUGUUGAAGAGGGGGAGGAGAGAGUUCAGGAGGAAGAGGAGAAGGAUAAGAAAGCCCUGGGUUCGUUAGUGGUGCAGACUGACAGUGUGCCCACCUCACUGAAGCGGUUCCACAAUGAGGCCCUGUCCUCAGCAGAACCGGCCCGAUGCACCACUGCCAUUACCAAACCCAAAGUCAACCUGCUCCACAUCCUCCAGCAGGGCUGGGACCUCAGUAAGGUCCAGGCUCGGAUGGCCUUCUCCUCCUAUCUCCUUCGGGUGCAGAUGAGGCUACUCGCAGAGAGCAGGACUAUCGCUAACUCCGCCUGGCCAGAGAAGGACAAUGAGCAAAUGGAGCUGGUGAUCCGCUUCCUGAAGCGUGCGGCCAGUAACCUUCAGCAGGACAUGAGGAUGGUCCUGCCCAGUCGCCAGCUCCCCCUCCAGGAUCGCCGACGCAUCCUGUCCCACCAGCUAGGAGAGUUCAUCCACUGCUACAACAAGGAGACAGAGCAUAUGGUGAAGAAGGUGGAGAAGAUCAAAGACCAGGAACAUUGUAUCAACCCCAGUGUGUUUCAGGAGUUUAUUGCUGAGGCAAGUGAAAGUGAUCUGGAGGAGGUCCUGACAUUCUACACACAUAAAAACAAAUCAGCCAGUGUCUUUUUGGGAACCAAAUGUCGGAGCACUAAACUUGACAAUUGCAACAGCCUAGGUUCAAGAGAGCCAGCUACCCCAGAGAACCAGAAAACUUUGCCCAUGGCAAAAGAGAGCUCCAGCGCCUCUGAGUCCUCAACGUCUGAAGUCAGAAACAGCACAGACCAGGCCAGUGUAGUCCAACCCACUGCUGACCAACCCACCGGAGAGCAACCGGCUGCAGCCCUCAGAAGUAGUAAACAGCCCGAGGUCCAGGCCUCCCAGCACUCCUCCAGCUUUCCAGCUGCCUUAGACUGUGGCCACAUCCACCUGCAGCACUACUCUCACCCCCAGAACCCACCCCAGUCUCUUCCCCUGCACUGCCCCCCACCACCGCCCCCAUCUCAGCCCCCAUCCUACGACCAGUCCCACCUUCGCCUCCACUCCCCACGCCAGCCAGAAACCCCUCCACAGCCCCAGGCCUCUGUGUUCUCCUCAACCUCGACCCUUGUCCCCCAGCCGCCUCGGGUAAUAUGGGCAGCUGCCCGCUCUGGUCCCACCACAGUCUCAGCACCACCAGUCUCCCAGGUCCUAAGGCAGGUCCAGUCCUUUACCUCCACCUCCUCUGCGGCUGCAGCCUCAUCCUCCAUGCCUGGUGCCAUCCACAUCUACAGCCAGAAGAUCUCCAGGCCCACCUCUGCAGGUCAAGCAAUCAGAAGGACGCCCUCCAGCCGGCCCAGACCAGAUCCAAAUGGGGUCUUUAAUAAGGACCUGGACUCACUGCCUGCUCAGGCGCAGUCCAACCAACAAGCCAUAGUCUCAGCCCUGCAGAAACUGGCAGAGAAGCAGGCUGCCCGCCAGUACAACAGCUCCAGCCACAUCAGUCUCCUAACACAACACUUGACCAACCUGAACCUGACUAACAGGGUGCUGAGCAGAGGGGCCAUCACCCUGACCCCAGCAGUGCGGCAUGGUCAUGGGACUGGAGCUGUGACCCAGCGGCCUGUCAGGGCUGUCCACUCUGACACAGGGCCCAUCCACAGCACUACUGGCCCCAGGGCGCCGAGAGAUGAGGAGGGUCUUUGGGAUGGGGAGACCCAGAGUGCCUACAACCUGGUGAGAGGCGUCGGCCCCCAGCAGCGCUACCAGCCCAUCCCAGGCAGCUACCAGCUCCAGUUCGCCAUCCAGCAGCUGCAGCAGCAGAAGUUCCAGUCCCGCCAACUGCUUGACCAGAGUCGCACCCGCCACCAGGCCAUGUUGGCUGCUAAGGCCAUGAUGCCACCCUAUCCUGUGAUGGCUCCUUGGCCCCAGGCUCCCACCGGCCCAUCCUCCUCCAGUCUACCAGUGACCCACCCAGGCCGCCAGAACCACAGCCAUGCCUGCACAGGCCCAGGACACAUCCUCAACCCCAAACCACCCAGCAGUGCCAGGGAGGGCCUGGUCAGGAAGACAGCCACCCAGCGCCUCAGCAAACAGACCUCAUCAGAACGCCCAGCCAAUGGAGCUCUGACGUCCAACUCGCAGCAUGUGGUCUACGAGGCCGUGUGUGGGAAAGCAGGUCUUUCUGGGUACAGCAAACUGUUUCAGGGACAGGGGUCCAAGCUCAGAUGACAGCGAGAUAACCAGAGAAAGGACGGGAGCUAUGGCACACCAUCUUGCCGACAGAGGUGUCUCUGCAUGUGACCACAGGUGCAUGCUGGGUAGGAAACAACUUAAGGAUCCCGCUGCUGUGACUGUAUGUCUGACACACACCAGGCCCUGUUACUGCUUCUAUAUGAAGGAGACAUGCAAGAGGAUAGCCUGCCCUUUCAGGAAUCCCUGGGCCUGACGCAGGUCGGGAUCUGUUGCACAGGCCAAGACUUUCCAGUGGCUUUCUGUAUCACCCAACCCCCCCACAGCCCCAACUCCAUAACCCUAUCGCAGCAGUUGUCAUCCCUCAUUCUCCCCAUGCUGUCUGUCUGUGUCUAUGCCAUGGAAAGACUUCAGUGACAGAUACCCAGCAACAGCUGGUUCCCACCAGAGGCCCCAUGGGCACUAUCACUGGAGCUCAGAGUAUAGUCUUAGUACAUUAUAGCAAUUACUGUACAGGCAGAGAGAUGUGCUUUAUCACCCCCUUCUGUCUCAUUUUAAAGACAUGUUUGUGGUGUAGGGAAGUUUGGGUACAAGAGAGAAACUGCAAUUGACCAAUAUUUUAGAUUGUCUCAAUGAUCUUGUUUUACUGAGAAAUGAGCAAGUAAAGGAAGUGUUGUCUGGUGAGGCAGGCUUGAUGUUGUGCUUGGGAACCAACCAUCCCAUUCUCUCAUGAAUGAAUUUAUCAGAGAGUAUCACAAACAGUUGCCAAUCCAGUUAUUUUUGGUCCUUGUUUAUGUAUACUGAUGGGUUUCCUCUCUCUUUGUGAAGACUUGUUACAUUGGCUAGCAGGACACUUGCAUGAGUUGUAUUGUUGCCUUUACAGUUCUCAUGUUUGCACUCCCUUGUUUGUCUAUACUCUACAGUAACAUUAUAUACCAGACUUUUCCCACUAUGAACUGUAACAAGGUGUACAUCUGUUAUACUGCCAUUCUUUGUGCGCUCUGGCUUAGUAAUGUGCAGUAUACUGUUAGACCUGCACAGUAAUGUUUUUAACGCAAUUGUAUGUUACAAUACCUUGCAAUCAGUCGUUUCGGACUGUAAUGCAAUGACAAUGUUGUCCAUUUGUAGUGUGUGCUCUUUUACAACUUGAGGGAAAAAGCUAUUGAACGUGUCCCAUGGCCCCUGUGCUCAGAGCAUGGUGAUGAAGGGGUCUACCUAUGCAAUGCCAUCUUUUGUAUAGUAAACAUACUCAACCCUCCUUUCCACAGAGGGUUCUACCUGGAACCCCAAAAGGUUAUUCAAAGGGUUCUGCUAUGGGGACAGCUGAAGAACCCUUUUGUCUAAGAGUGUGUGCCAGCAUGCUGUUAUCGAGUACAAACUGGGGAAGAACAUAUGCAGCAGUGGGUUGGGUCAUGUAUUAUUGAAAGGGAAUACUAAGUUAGUGUGGUAGCCUUUUGCAUGUGUCUCCCCAACUGCUGUAUUGUGAGGGCCAAACUUUGGGAACCAUCAGUGACCAUUUGCAAGCAAGACCAUUAAUAUCAGUAGCAGCCAGUGUCGUCUAUACGUACUGUAAAUUGUUGCAUUGUAUAUUUUUUUAUUUUAUUUAAAGGUUGUCAAUCAAAUCAGUUUCCUGCACCUCAAAGUGAACUAGGGCCUAGUUCAAUCAGAUCCAGCGUUAACUGGCGCUAGCCGACACCAGCAUAGCUGAUGUUGUGGCGGGCUCGGGAGUGAAACUGCAUUGAGCUGUCAAAUCGGUGAGCAGCUGCUCUUGUGGUGAUUGUCACAAAGCCAAUCCCGUCCCACUCCCAUUAGAAGUUCAGAAUGAGAAAGUGUACUCUAUAUAGAAAUAGUGACGUUCAAAUUGAAAAUCAUUCAACAAAAUUAGGAUUUCUAUCAGCCUAAUCGAGUUGUAGACUAAAUCUCACAUUCCAGUGUUUGAACUUGUAAACAACGCUGCAUGGGAAUCAUCUCAAUGCGACUCCAUGCAGCCAAUGGCAAUGUCCACUUUAGGUAUAAUGCCAGGAGCCUUUGUGGAUUUGAGCGCUUUAACCUAGUUCCACCUCCGACACGUCAAAACAUCAUCUAUGCGGAUUUUUGCUAAAGAUGAUCUGAUUGAAUCUGGCUCUUCAUCACUAGGAUCUCAAUAUGGAUAGCGGUUGAGCUGGGCAAAAAUGCAUCAUUUAUACUGAUACCCACAAAUGAUGAUUAUCUAAAGAUUUUGGAAAAAAAUAUACAUCUGUUCGUCCAAGACCAUUUUUAAUUUAAAAAAGUGUUUAAGAGUAAUAGCAAUACACUUUUACAGUUUGUGAUCUAGUGAAGUGUUCACCUAGUGACAUACAUUGUCUUGUACAACAGAAAAGUCAGCUUCAUUUAAGAAAAAAAUCCAGAAAACAUGAUUCUGUUGCAUAACAGAGGUAAACAUAACCAUAAAGAUACUUUGUAGAAUAAAGGUUGUUUUCCAGCAUUUUGUAUUUUUCCUAAGAUUAUUAGAGUCCAUCAGCAUCUGUCCUAGAUUAACCAGUGUAGGGAAAUGUGGUGCACGCUGCGCUAGUUUCCAGCUUGGACAGUCUGUUUGUCCUGUGCGUCAAGGCUUUGUGUCAGCCCUCCAUUAAAAAGGAUGGUUCUCUUUAGGAAACAAAAGUCUGACAGAGCUUUUGCUUUAGCCGCUUUGAUUAAUUUGCACUGUAAAUCCAGGUUCUCAGUGGGUCUCUCUUUUUGACUGCAACUACUGUAUGUCCUUGAGUAGGCAGUGGUCAUGGCUAGAACAGCUUACGUCAGUUCCUUUCCUCUGAGCAGACAGAGGUUGGCUUUGAAUGCCCGUGGUCAUAUGGCACAAAGCUAAAGGCAGUUCAGAAGGCCGGAAAUAUUGACAACAAAAAAAUUAUGGAAGACACUUGACAUUGAGAAGAAAAAAAACAUUGUAAAAGGCCAAUAAAAGUUCUGUUGAGA